AUGGCAGAUUUAAUCGCCUUCCAUUCCUACUACUCUCACCAGAGUUUCCUCUCACCCUCAAACAUGAUUCCACGCCCCAGCCACAAACGCUCCCUUUCCUCUGGUAAUAGGUCUGCUUCGCCAGAUCGACAAGUUACGAAAGCCAAAUCCACAAAUGACCUUUCGAAAAUCGCCGCCACAACCCCGGCUACAGCCGUUCGAUCCUCAAGUGAAGGCGGAUUAACCGACGCUGGUUUCAGCACGUUGAAGGACCCGAGACUUGUACCGAGCUCUGAAUCAUCAGAAUCGUCUACACCACCUUCGCAUCACCCAGAUCUCAACGAUGAAGUCGCAACGUUGAGUUCAAAGCUAGUACAAGCCAUCAACAAUCAGACAAAGCUCGACGAUACUCUAGUCGCCACCCGUCAGGAAUUGGAGCAAGCCCAGGACAAGGCCCGCGCCCUAGAGUUAGAGAACGCUAAAUACCGACGGGACAUUGAUGAGGGGGUAUAUGUGAAGAAAGCCGACAUGGACGAUGGAUUUGCGCGUCUGGAAGCCUCUUUGGAAGAGGAGAAGACGCAGCGUAUUAUGAUCGAGAAGGAAAAGAAAGGCAUUGAACAGGAACUAGAAACACUCACUGCGGCUCUUUUCGAGGAAGCGAACAAGAUGGUUGCUGCUGCCAAACUCGAGCGCGAAGCUGUGGAGAAGAAAAACGAACAGUUGCGCUCUCAAGUCAAAGACACAGAGUCGCUCCUCGCCUCGCAUCAGGAACAACUGGCCGAGUUGAAAUCCGUCCUUCAGGUUAUGAAUAUUUCAAAAGAUGACCUUGAUGGCCGCACAGCUAUUUCUACAGCGCCACCUUCUCCAGCUGGCCCUUUACAACCACCCGCAUUUACAAGGAAGAGCAUGGAAGCUACAGAUAUUCCUAGCGAUGUUAUAUGCGCCGAGAUCGCUCCAGGCCCUUCUACAAGCUUCCCUGAGCUCAUCAAGACUGUAUGUCGAACUGACGUACUAGGGUACGAAGAUUUUCGGGAGCUAUUUACUGCAGCAAAAAGCUCUAAACCACCAAGUCGAGCGACCAGUGGGUCAUAUUCUGGGUUGAAUGUCAUGAGCUUAGCUAGUUUCAGCGGCGCGGGAUUCGGCUCGGCCUCCUCGUCACCCUCCAAAUCUCAGACCCAUUCACCGAAUGGAAGUGUUUCCUCGCCGCAGCCAGCAACUGCGAGCAUUCCUCUGAAGGAUGCGCGUUUUUACAAGCGCGCACUUAUGGAAGAUAUUGAACCGACUCUUAGACUUGACGCAGCUCCAGGAAUAUCUUGGCUAACCAGACGAUCUGUACUAAGUGGUAUCUGUGAAGGAAGUCUUGUUGUCGAGCCGAUGCCAUCAAAUGUCAAGAAAUAUGAGUUUCCGUGCUCUCUCUGCGGCGAACGGCGGAACGGCUUUGAUAACGAGCGGACCCACCGUUUCCGAACUUCUGACAGUGAAACAGCGCAGCGAUAUCCGUUGUGUGUCCUCUGCCUAGAGAGGGUGCGCUCGUGCUGUGAGUUUACAGGCUAUCUUCGACUCAUUCUUGACGGCCACAUCCACGCCGAAGAUUCCGACGAUUUACAGGAAGCAUGGGAAGAAACAGUUCGCCUAAGAGAGAGGAUGUUUUGGUCCAGAAUUGGCGGUGGGAUCGUACCCAUUUUCGCUCAAACGAGUGCCCCAGAAGACCAGCCCGAAGAGCGCCAGCCCGAUGUCAAUACUCCUAUCCAAAAACCCGUGGUGAAAAUCGAACAGAGCGAUAUACAGAACGCUACUCUUGAUCAGGAGAAAAUUGCUGCAAACAUUCAGCAUGUCGCGGCAGACGCCAUGACAUAA